AAACCGGAGGAGAAGCGGCCAUGCUACAAUCCUCAUGACUGUGAUUUACCACACAAUUGUCAAGAUGUUAAAAGGCGCAGAGGUGUUAGUGAAGAUGGUGAGCAUUACAUUAUGGUGGAGGAGAAAAUAACAAAGGUUUAUUGUUCGGGGAUGCAGUCAGACAAUCCGAAAGAAUACGUGACGCUUGUGAGUGAUGAGGCAGAAAAUUUCUCCGAGGUAUUUGGCUACAGGCUGCAGAAUCCUACAGAAUGUCCAUAUAAUGGGAGCAGGAGAGAAGACUGUCAAUGCAAGAAAGACUACACAGCAUCUGGCUUGUCCACCUUCAGUAAAGUGAGGCUGGAUCUGACCACUUUACAGAUUAUAACCACAGAUCUUCAGUUUGCUCGUACUAUUGAUGGACGGCCUGUUCCGUUUGCCACAGCGGGGGACUGUUACAGCGCAGCCAAAUGCCCUCAGGGUCGCUUUAGCAUCAACCUUCAAGGGACAGGACUCUCUGUAUCUGAAACCACUAUAUGGAUGUCACAAGGAAAUUAUGCAGUGACUGAAAUAACUAAAUCUUCAGAUGGAACCAAAGUGACUGGAAAAUGUGGUGGCUAUUGU